AUGCGUUUACAACUCUUCAUCGCAAGUAUUGCACUUCUUGCUGUUAUCGGAACUGCUUCAGCAGGACAAAAUUGGGCCGUGCUUGUCGCUGGUUCCAAUGGUUGGUAUAAUUAUAGACAUCAAUCGGACGUAUGCCAUGCAUAUCAAAUCUUACAUAAAAAUGGCAUCCCAGAUUCCAAUAUCAUCGUUAUGAUGUAUGAUGAUUUAGCUAAAAACAAACAAAAUCCAACGCCAGGUAUUAUCAUCAAUCAUCCAAAUGGUCAAGAUGUCUACAAAGGUGUCCCACACGAUUAUACAGGCAAUACUGUUACACCAAAGAACUUCAUCAACGUUUUACUUGGUAAAAAAGAUGCUAUGAAAGGCGUUGGCAGUGGCAAAGUUCUCGAAAGUGGUCCAGAUGACAAUGUUUUUAUCUAUUUCACUGAUCACGGUGCCACUGGUCUGGUUGCUUUUCCAAAUGGCGUUCUCUAUGCUAAAGAUUUGAACAGCACCAUUGCUCAAAUGCACAGUGAAAACAAAUACAAAGAAAUGGUCAUCUAUAUUGAAGCUUGCGAAUCCGGUUCAAUGCUUGAAGGUUUAUUGCCCGACAACAUCAACAUCUACGCUACAACAGCUUCCAAUGCUGAAGAAUCAUCUUAUGCUUGUUACUACGACUCCAAACGUCAAACAUACUUAGGUGAUUUAUACUCAGUCAACUGGAUGGAAGAUUCCGAUGCUGAAGAUAUCAGUAAAGAAUCUUUAUUUAAACAAUUUCAAGUCACAAAACAAAAAACCACCGAAAGUCACGUUAUGCAAUAUGGUGAUCUUACUCUCGGUGCUAAACAUACUGUCAGCGAAUUUCAAGGUGCCACCCGAAACGGUAAACAACAAUCAGUUAGUCCAGUUGUUGAUCGUAUGAACACUUUACUCAAACGUGAAACUACUGCCACUGUUGAUGUACGUAUCUCAAUCUUAUCAAAACGUUUAGCCGACUUACCAGCUAACUCCGAAGAACGACUUUCAAUCAAACGCGAACUCGCUUAUACCGUCCGUCAACGCAGUAUCAUUUCGUCAACAAUUGACAGCAUUGCUAAGAAAUCAUUCGAAGUCAACCGUUCUGGCUAUUCUGACUUAGUCACUAGUCAACGUAUGAAACUUACUCAACACGACUGUUACAAAGAAGCUACUCAACGUAUUCACGCCAAGUGUUUCGAUAUUCAAAAUGAAUUCGUCUUAAACAAAUUAUGGAUCGUUGCCAACUUGUGUGAAGUCGGUCUUCAUAGUUUCACCAUCAACAAUGCCGUCGACGCUGUUUGCGAUGUUCUUGGUCGUCAACAAUUUGAAUAUUAA